CAUAGAUGGCUAGGAAGAGAAAACUCACUAGUGAUCAAGAACACCCCAUAACUGAUCAGGCACUAGGCGGCCGUCGGCGGGCUCUGAACCGGUUCGUGGGCGUCCGCCAGCGGCCCUCGGGCAGAUGGGUGGCGGAGAUCAAGGACACCAUACAGAAGAUUAGAGUAUGGCUAGGAACCUUUGACACAGCUGAAGAAGCAGCUAGAGCUUAUGAUGAAGCUGCUUGCUUGCUUAGAGGGGCCAAUACUAGAACCAACUUCUGGCCUUCUUGUCAACCAUCUUUGACCACACCUGCCCUUCCCUCCAAAAUCACCAACAUCCUUCUUCAUAGGCUUAAAGCCAGACAUAAUUCUUUAGCAACCAUAGCUGCAGGUGCUAGUGGUUCAUCUCACAACACUUCUCAGCUAAUCUUUAACCAUGAUCAUGAUGAAAAGAUGCAACAUGAGAAAGUGAAUGACUCAUAUGAGCUCCAAGAUUCAACCUUUACUAGUUUUCUCAACUACCCAGAUGAGUAUAUCCAUGAUAACUGUGUGAUGACGUCAUCAUUAUCAUAUGAGGUCCAAGAAGAUUCAAUCUUUACUGAUUUUCUCAAUGACCCAGAUGAGAUAAUGCCAUCUUUACCAGUUAAAGAUGAUUAUCUUGAACUGGAUAAUCAUUAUGAUCAUCACAUAGCAUCCCAAUGUUGUUCAAGUGGUGACAUAAACAAUGAUGAAGAUGAUGGUGAUAGAGGUGUGAUUGAUUUCAGCUUCAUUGAUGAAAUCGAGUCUACUUGUAACUUUUCACCAUUUGAACUAGCUCAAGAAAUAGCAUCUGAAUCCAUUCAAGAUGAGACAAUUUACAACGAUGAAGGUGAAGAGCCAUUGACAAUAUCUGAAGCAAUGAAGAGGAUGAAGUAUGAGAGAAAGUAUUCAGCUUCUCUUUAUGCUUUUAAUGGUAUACCUGAGUGUUUGAAGCUAAAACUUGGACUGGGAGGGGGUUCAAAGUCCACAGAAAGGUCCAAAAUGCAAAGGUCAGUUAAGAAAGAUGAAGAACUAAAGAAGGAUGUUGAGGGUGAGCCUGUGGUUUCUUGUACUGCAAGUAAUGAUAUUGAUGGAGAAUUAUCAUUAUGGAGCUCUCUCGAUCUUCCAACCAUUUGUUAUGUCAAUUAUAGCUAGUUGUUCCACUAGAGACAUUGAUUUUUUUUAACAGAAAGUGACAUUUUUUA